CGGCGGCGGCGGCGGCGGCACUGGCGGAGGCGGAGGGGAAGAGCCGCUGGCGGCCGCGGGAGCAGCGGCGGCGAGAGGCGAGCUCCCGGCGCCGAUUCUCAUGGAUAACUGUUAUUGAGGAGAAAUCCAUUUGUUGGGAUGUAAUAAAAAAAAAUGAAUCAAGAUAAAACCUCUAGAUGCAAGUACCAGAAAAAUUACCGCACACCUCAGUGAAAUUUCAAGUGGAUCAUCUUCCCUUGUGGGUUGGCAGGCAGUCAGAGGACUGCAAGAUGGGUCUUCGGAUUCACUUUGUUGUUGACCCACAUGGUUGGUGCUGCAUGGGUUUGAUUGUUUUUGUCUGGUUAUACAAUUUUUUUUUAAUUCCCAAAAUUAUCCUCUUUCCUCACUAUGAAGAAGGACAUAUUCCGGGUGUAUUAAUAAUAAUAUUCUAUGGCAUUGCCAUAUUUUGUCUGGUUGCCUUAGUGAGGGCCUCAAUAACUGAUCCAGGAAGACUUCCUGAGAACCCAAAGAUCCCACAUGGAGAAAGGGAGUUCUGGGAAUUAUGUAACAAGUGUAAUUUGUUGAGACCAAAGCGUUCCCAUCACUGCAGCCGCUGCGGCCACUGUGUCAGGAGAAUGGAUCAUCACUGUCCAUGGAUUAACAAUUGUGUUGGUGAAGAUAAUCACUGGCUUUUUCUGCAGUUGUGUUUCUACACUGAACUUCUUGCUUGCUAUGGACUGAUGUUUUCUUUCUGCCACUAUUAUUAUUUUCUUCCACUAAAAAAGCGUAACGUGGACCUCUUUGUUGUUAGACAUGAGUUGGCCAUAAUGAGACUUGCUGCCUUCAUGGGCAUUACAAUGUUAGUUGGAAUAACUGGACUCUUUUAUACUCAACUUAUUGGCAUCAUCACAGAUACAACAUCUAUUGAAAAGAUGUCAAACUGUUGUGAAGAAAUAUCGAAGCCCCGAAAGCCAUGGCAGCAGACCUUCUCAGAAGUUUUUGGCACUCGUUGGAAGAUCCUGUGGUUUAUUCCUUUCAGGCAGAGGCAACCACUGCGAGUUCCCUACCACUUUGCCAAUCACGUCUAAACAGAUGGAUGGUGGGCACAGAUGGGUCCUCCAUGCUGGAAAUGCGUUACAGGUUUUCUGAUAAUAGAACUAUGACAGUCUUCAAGUCAAUUAAAAUCCACCCACCAAUCUUAGGAAUCAUAAUGUGCCCCAGGCUUUAUUUUAAUAGUGAUCUUGAUCCUGUUGUGGGACUAAUACAAGAUCUAUAUUUAAGUUUUAAAGCAUGUUUACUUUCAAAUUAGCUUUCCACAGGGAUUUCUUUAAAUGCUUUUGUUGUUAAACUCAAAAGGCAGUGAUUGGGAUGAAAUAAUUGUACAUAAUUUCUUUUGGUACUAACAAUGUUACAGAUUUUAAUUUAUGGGAAAUUUCAGAUGUUUAUUUAAAUUUUUCACUCCUAAGCAGUACUAACCAAAUCUGAAUUUAAUUCUUCAAGUUUUACAAAAGUUGAUACACCUUAUAUUAUAUGUAAAUUUUCUUUUCAAAAUACAAUUUAAAAUAUGUAAUACUUCCUGUUAUUUAUGCUGUAGGGUUUUUUUUUUCAAUGCAUCAUAUAGGAGUGAACAACAAAAUAACAAAAACAGUAACAAAAAAGGACAGUGUUUUCUCAGAAGGAGCUUUCUGAUUUUUUUUUUCUCUUCACCAGAAACAAAAUAAAUACACUACUAAAAUAAAACAUCAGCUACCUACCUUAUUUUAAAGGGAAGAUUAAUUUUUUCCACAUGAACUUUCCCAUUUCUUCUCCUGUACUGUUGUAAUUAUUGAUUGUUGUUAAAAUAUUUGCUCCAAGGAGAAAUUUUUGACCAAGUGGGCGUGUAUUCCUGUUUUACCCUAAGAUUUUGAUGAGUAAAAGGGGUAAAGAAUUUGCAAUAAUUCCACAAAUACCUUUUCUAGUGCAGCUAUAUUAGAAUGCAUAUGUUUUUAAAAUGCUAGUGUAGUUAGAUAAUAUAUAAUGUAUAGUAUAAAGAGGAAUAUUGUGCUUUUGAAAAAAUAUGUAUACUUUUUACUUUUGUUUACCUACUAGUAGAUCUAAAACUGCACACUGACAAUUUAUAUAUAAUAGAUACUGGCCAAGUAAUACUGAAAUUUUAUUUAUAGGAAGUUACUAGUAAAAGUAGGUAACUUUUGCGUACCUAUAAUCACCCAAGUUGAAAUUAAAUUUUAAUUGCCCAACUAUAAUUUGGAUCGAGAGAGCUUUUGUUAGCAGUUAAUGUGAAGAAAUAACCUUAAAAUAAGAAAAUACAAUGAUCUAUAUUCAUUAUUAACCUUAUACAAAUUCAAAUUACUGUGAUGGUCUCUUGGAAAGCAUAGAAUAUUUGUGUGAAAAGACACUUAGCAUGCUUUGAAAAAAUUCAGUUUUAAAGUUUUUUUCCUUUAGAAUACUGCAAAAUCCAUGUAUCUUUUUAAAAAAGUAAUGUACUCACGGUCUUCUCCUUGAAGAGAAAAUUGAAGGGGUCUGCUAUUCUUGGAGCAUAUCAAUAUUUUCUUUUUAGUUAGUUUUGAUAGUAAGGAGUCAUACCUGAGAAAUGAUGAAAUAGUAGGUUACCACUGUCAGCCAAUUAACUAUACUGUGGUUAGUUUUCAGAAAUUGUAAAUAUCCUCUAAGAUAGUAGGGUAAGCUCUUCUCAGAGAUAUAAGUACCAUGUCUUUCAUGUCCUGAUGACAGUACUUUAUUAUUUAAAAACUUUAAAGUGGCAGAUGAAAAUAUUUAUUGGUGCUGAUAAGAUGCAUAGUGAAUUUAAUAUAAGAAAUAUAUUUAUAGAGCUUGAAGAACCACAAAAUUAGUAUAUCAUGUCAGGCAAGUGGGUUGGGUUUUGUGCAAGCUUAAUAUAUUGACCAGAUUUGGCCUGGUGACAACUGUUAUGAGGAAGUGAUGUACAGAUAAUGUUGGUAGGUGUCAGUUGAAUUCCUUAUGCUGUGUACAUUCCUUUUAAAUGAGGACCUUGAGAAAACAGCAAAGGCAAGUGAAGAUCCCCUAAAGAGCUUUAUGGACAUUUAUACUUAAUAUAGUAGCAGUAGCUACCUUGAAAAUUACCAGGGAGGUACUCAGUGCCAACCCCUGCCUCAGUCAUGAGAACCAGACGUGAUCUCUUUCCCACUCUGAGGGUUUCUGGUUUGAGUUUUCUUAGAUUUCCCACUGCUGGAGCACAUUCACUUCCCUCCCUUCUCUUUACACUCCCUGGUCCUUCUCCCUCUGUACGUGAUUCUUCUAAAUUUUUGGAAAACAAACUAAUGCAUUAGGCAAAGCAUAUUUAUUUUUCUUUGAAUGGCAGAUAUGGUACAUAUCAAUAUAUUUAUAUAAAAAUAUAUGUUAAAGUGUAUCUAGAUAUACUUAUGCUGUAACUCCCAGUAUUUCCAAGUUAGCACACCCAACUGGGUUUUAUGAUUCUUGUUAGACAACUUGAGAGGAACCAACUGGCAGUUUCCUGGGGAGUGCGUCAACUCGAGUGUUUCUCUGCGCCCUCUUUUGGCUAACUGAUGUAAUAAUACUGGCUCUAGAGGGUUGUUGCCCCACAAGUAAAUUGCAUAGCCAAAUUCGGAACAUGUCAGAGGUACAAACUUAAGGGAAGUGUAUGUACAAAAAUGUAAGGUUUUAUGAAAAUGAAUGUGUUCCUGUUUAUGAUAUCUGGCUCAUACAAAUAUGAUUGACUGUUUCAUUUAUGUAUAUUCAUAUUAUAUUUUUUACUAUCAAUACUCAUUUAUAUCAGAUAAGGAUAAGUAAAUAUCAACCAUUUCAUGAAUUUUUCUUACUUUGGCAAAUUAAGUCCUUAGAAUUAAAAAAAGCCAUUACCUUUAAAUUACCAAUUUAUUACAAAACAAAUUUAUUGUAGUUACAAUGGCAAGCAUGUGUCUGAUGUGUUUUACUAUCAAAAAAAAUACAUUUAGUUUUUUGGUCCUAGUUUUGAAAUGAUCUUUUUGACUGAUUCAGUUGCAUUAAAAUGAGAGUAAUAAUUCUUUCUAUACUUUUCUUUGUUCUUUUUAACUUUUCUGCUCCAACCUAGUGCUGUAGCUUUAGUAGUCAAUUUAUUAUGUAUUCUGGAUAACCAUGAAAAUAACUAAUGAUGUUGAGCAUUAGGAAAUAAUUAAGAACAGUGAGAUUACUGAUGUAGUCUAUAUGUUGGAUGGAGUAUUUCCUUAUAAAUAUUGCAUUUCAUUUUAAGCAAAUAUAUGUUAAAGGAUGUUUUAUAUCAGCAAAGUCAUUCAUGGGGCUUCUGGUAAUGAAAGAUUUUUAAGUAGUUAUUAUGAUACACUUCUUGAACAGUUAUAUUUGUUUUAUGUUCUUUUCUGCAAAGAUGUUUACUUGCUCAAGAUUAUAGGUAAAAAUUGAAAAAUUGGUUUCAGAAUUUUUAAAAUAUUAAGUUAACUGACGUUCCAUUGUAAGAAAAAUACUAUUUUGCUUAAGAGUUGUAUUAAAAAUGUUUGUGGUUAACAUAAGAGAUAGGUAUAUUUAAAUAAUGUAUUCAUCUCUUUUAACAGAAGAAAGCAUAGCUUACUUUUAAAUAAUAGAAAUAGAGAACAUAAGCAUGGAUAAAGUUCAGUACAACAGCUAAGUUGAAACUUCUGUCAGAAUGAGCAUCAAGUGAAUGUUUUCUGAUGCUUAAAGGUACUCUUCUCCAAGGAUGGUGGCUAAUUACAACUAUACUUCAUCAGGCUUUUUCAAUUCACUUUUGUAUAUAUAAUUAGUUGGAGGUAUGUUUCACCCAAAAGGGUGUGUUAAUUCUGAAUGCUAAUCAUGAAGACUUGAGUUAGGAAAACAUCUCCAACCAGGAAGUGUGAAGUAAUUUAGAUUAGGGCCACACGGUUUUCUGUGUGUUAGAUAAUGGGGUAGUUUGAAUGUUCUCACAGGUGUUGCUAUUAAAUCACAACGUGUUCAGCUCUGAUUUACAAUGGCAUUAAUAUUAACAGCUGCUAGUCUCUCCCUGGACUUUUCUCUAGCCUCUACUUCCAUUGUGCUUCAUGUAUGAAUAGAUUAUUUAGCUCAAGUUUACUAGACUGUUGCUGCUUCAUUAAAUAAGGUUUUGACGUGACCUCUUAUAUAUAUAUAUAUGUAUAUAGAGCUAGAAUUUAUUUGGUAAAGUUUACACUUACAAACAGUAAAUAAUUUACUAAUAGAUGUAAGUUAUUAGAUUUUUACCCAGUUAUACUACUAUUGCGUUAAAAAAUGUUAAGUGUUGGCGAAUGUAGUUAGUAAGUCAGGUACAUUUAGUAUGUUCUACUUGCUAUUAUUAUUAACCAUAUAAUUACCAAAUGAAUGAGUGUAUUAUUUAACGUCCAUAUUUGUUACUUUUGAUUCUAAGAAUCCUCUGAAUUUCUCUAUAAAUCACAAAUUUAAUUAUGCUCCGAAUUUAGCCACUCUCAAUUGAAUUCUAGAAUAUUCUUCAAUAAGAUGUGAGAAUGUAAUAGAAUCAACUUGCUUGAAGCAUUUUGAAUCAAUGUUGUUAUUCUAUAUAUCAAUCAGUAUUUAGUAUUUCUGCUGCCUUUGGGGUGAUGAUAGUUUAACUUCAGGAAAGUUUUUUCUGUUGCUUCCUUUCAUUAUCGUUGUGCAUUUUUUAACAACAAAAUUUACUACAUUUUUGUCUGUUCUUCAGAUGUUGUAAUGCCUGCUAGUGCUAAUUUGAAGCAGAAAUAACAAUGGUAUUUAAAAUUCUUAUGUCAUUGGUAUUGCCAGUAUUUUUAUUAUCAUUAUACUUUUUAUUAUUAUUAUUUCCUUUUUCCCCCUGUCUACUGUAGAGGGCAGAUACAAAUGGGUGGUGAGUAUCCAAAAUUGGGUAGAGUAGGGAAACUUACUAAGAUGGAGAGAAGGCUAGAUGGAGCAUGUAUAAUCAGCCUCUUAGCAGCAGGGUGGACAAGAUACAGUGUCUGUGACAUCAGAGGAUCCCGCUGCUACAGUCAUUUUAGCCUCAUCUCUUGUUGACAUCAUUUUACUAUGAGUUGUUCGUGCAGGUAAGCAUUUAGUUUGAGCUAUUUUAUCUAAAGAGUUUACAUUGCAGAUUCUCAUCAGUUAGUCAGAUGCCUUCGAAAAUUUUUUUUCAGUUUUAAAUGUCAUAAUUGUACGAUGUAUGCUAACGUGAAGUGCUGAGAAUUACGUGAAAGUGCAGCUAUUUAAUGCCAAGGAGGAAUGCAUAGGUUGCCCAAAGUUUGAUUGAAAAAACUGAGACGUUUUAUAUAAGUCUCCUUUUGCAAAGAAAGGAUACUGAGGAUUACAGUAAAAUUUGUCAACAGGAAAAAAUCAAUAAUUCAUAUAUGAAACGUGACUUUCACUUUAAAAUCUGGACUCUUCUGGAGUUUUAAUAUCUUGAAGGUCUCCAUAGCUGUUGGUAUUGUGAAUCCUCGCAAUCCUUGUGUAAGGUGGUGCUUACCACAGUUGUUCAACACUCUCAUCUUUCUGGUGUUGAUAGCUUUAUAUAUAAACAGAUGUGGACAAAACAUCAACAACAAGAGAUGUGUUUCUUUUUGUAGCUUCACUUGCCUGUUUGACUAAGUACAGGGUUUAAAUGCGUAGGCUGUUAAUAGAAGGGAAAGCUUGUCUUCAUAUUGGAAGCUCUGUGUUCUUGCCAGUGUGUGUUGGGUGAUAUUUUAACUACUGGUGCCUGAAGUUGGUGUUUUACAACCUCAAUGACUAAAACAUCCUGGUGCUGCUCACUUUAGCAUUGAGUGACAUUUUUAAUUCCCGUACCAAAGAGUUCAUUUUCUUUUUCGUUCACUGAGAGUUUUCUUUUCGCCUCCUUGUGUUUAUAAAGUAGAAUUUAAUGUUACUAAAAACAAUUUUGAUUAAUAGAUCUUGGAUUUUGCACACUGAUGCCUCACUUUGGUUUUAAAUGUCUCUCAUUUACACUUUUUUUUUUGAGUUAGGAAGAUCAGUAUGGUCUUUGAUUUUGUAUUUUCAUAUAGAUUGGCUACUUUGAAAAGUAGGUUAAUAGGUUGAAUUUACAAAAGAUAAUUGAAACACUUUACACAAGAUUUUUCAUUUUAUUCUGCAAAAGUAAGUGAGAAAUAGUAAGAACUCUACUUUUAUUUCUGUAAAUGAACUAUGUAUAUAGCUUAUUGGACCCUUUUAAUAGAUGCUGAAACAGAAUGCUAAAAAGAAAAAUUAAGGGCCUGUUUAGAUUACAGAUGAAGAAUUCUGUGUGUGUGUGUGUGUGUGUGUGUGUGUGUGUGUGUGUGUGUGUGUGUAAUCCUUAGCGGUAUUAAAGAAUGAUAUUGCCAUUUGGCUAUUUUGCAAAUAAAGAUAAAAUUAAAGAACACUUUAAAAACAUAUACAUAUGUGUGUGUGUCAGAUACACAGACAUGCUUGCUUAAUGCAAAACUGUGAUUUAAGCAAAACAGAAAAUUGAAUGGGGGUUGUUACUUAGCAUAAAAUUUAAAGAGUUAAGAAGAGUAUUUUAAAAGCUAAUUCUGCUUAUUGAUUCAUUUUACAAAAAAUGGGAGAAAAUAUCCUUAGAAGUAGUUACAAUUGUCCAAAUGUCAUACUGCUGCAUUUACAUUUACUGUCCUGGUUCCCUAUUUUUUCCCAGACUUUUCAAACACUCAUAUAGUUUUCUUAGAAAACUGUAGCUGAAAUGAUUUAAAAUUCUGGCAAGAAAAUAACUGUGUGUGUAUUGGACAGGUAGACAAUCACAUUUGAGAAUAUUGUGCAUUAUUUUCAAUCAACUAAAAUCAACCUAUCUUUGAAUGUAGAUACAAUAUUUGGUUUUGCAGUGAAUUCUGAAUGGAAAAAAAUCAAGUCUUAAAUUAAUGUGAAAUAUGACAGGGUCAUCUGAAUGAAAUGUAGAAAUACAGAUGUACAUGCUUUUAGGGGUGAAAACAAAAUUCGAAAGCAUAAUGGGAAGAAACAACAUUAUGUCUCUCCCUCAUUGUCAACAAUAUAUUUCCUAGAUUUUGUUGCCACAACAUCAGUUCUGAGUUAUUCAGCUUGUUUAUGUAUCAUUUUCAUUAACGUGGCCAAAUGCAGUUAUUUGUUCAAGUUAUUGGGUGGUGGGAAAUUCACCAGUUAUCUGCUGUCCUCCAGAGAUGAAUAUUAACAAGAAAUUGCUACUUUAACAUAGGUAUAAUAAAACAAUUUAGUGAUAGAAUGGGAAGAAUUUUCACCACAGUUGGAGAUACUCCGACCAAAGAGUUGCAAGGGGGAACAGAAUAGGCUGCUGGGGGAAGUGACCGUAGGUGAUCCUGCUUGUGUGAGGUUUAUGUCCUGGAAUUAGCCUUUUUAAGUGUGACUGGCAAGUUUAAUGAAAAGGCAAAUCUGUGACAUUUUGAGGCUCCUAAAGUUUUGUGUCAGCCUCAAAUGGUGUCUAAUAUUACGUCCCUGAAAUAAAAGACUUUUAUUUUAAUAGUGGUAUGUUCCAAGUGCCAUAUGAAGUCCUGUUUUUAAAUUUGUCAGGCAUUUUUUUCAUUCAGUGAAUAUGUUUAAAUCUGAGUGCUGUUUUGCUUCAUGUCUGCUAUUUUAACUUGUCAGUUCCCCUAAGAGCAUUUAAAGAAAAAUCUUCACUAAUAUUCCUAGUGCUUAAAGUCAUAAGGAAAAUAGUAGUUGAAGGAUCUGAGAAUUGAUUGAGAAGAGGGAGGAAAAUGACGAGUGGGAGCCGUGUAUCCGAGCUGUACUUGUUUAAAUGAAAAGUCUACACUGGUUCUUAAAAUGAAAAACAAACCAUGUAUCUACCUUAAGAACGCCAUUGUGUUUUGUUUUUAAUUUAUUUUAAUGAUUUAAUUUUAUCCAUGUAAUAUUUCUAUUUUCUUUGCAGAUUGUUUUUAAUUUAAAUUGUGGAAUUUUUACUUCUCUUGAAAUGUAUUAUGUACUGUAUUUUUAGAAAUCUUAUUUUUAAAUAAAUAUUUUUUUAAAACUUA